AUGCUAACCAACAUCGAUCCUUCCCUUCCUCCGCCGGACACACUAAUCUCCAAUUACUCGGAAAACGCAACCGCCGCCGGAAAACGAAAACGCCGACCAGCCGGAACCCCAGAUCCAGAUGCUGAGGUGGUGUCGCUGUCGCCGAAAACCCUACUGGAAUCGGACCGGUACGUGUGCGAGAUCUGCGGCCAAGGAUUCCAGCGAGACCAGAACCUUCAGAUGCACCGGCGGCGGCACAAGGUUCCGUGGAAGCUCCUGAAGCGGGAGACGGCGGUGGCCAGGAAGCGCGUGUUUGUGUGCCCGGAGCCCAGCUGCCUCCACCACGACCCGCGCCACGCGCUGGGCGACCUCGUCGGGAUAAAGAAGCACUUCCGGCGGAAGCACAGCAACCAGCGGCAGUGGGUCUGCGCAAAGUGCUCAAAGGGCUACGCCGUACAGUCGGACUACAAAGCCCACCUCAAGACCUGCGGCACCCGAGGCCACUCCUGCGAUUGCGGACGGGUUUUCUCAAGGGUGGAGAGUUUCAUCGAGCACCAAGACGCCUGCAGCAUGGGUCGGCUCCGAUCAGAUCACCACCCUCUCCACGCACCGCCACCGCCGCUGCCUGCGGCUGUAGCGGCGGAGGCCUCCAGCCCCAGUCCCUCCAGCGACACCAAUCUCAGCGUAGCUCUCGCCUUCCAAAGACCCACCGAACCAUUCCUCUUCACCACCACCACCACCACCACCACUACCGCCGCCGUCGCCGCCCCAACCGUCUGGAGGAGCACCUCCGACCACUACCACCACCACCCAGAUCUGGAGCUCCAGCUCCUGACCAGAUCCAGCCACCCUACCCAGCUCCAGCUCUCCAUCGGCUCGUCAUCCGAGAACAACAGCAGCAGCACCGGCGAGAGGCUCCGGGAGGAGGCCGGGGAGAAUCUUCGGGCGGCCAAGGCCGAGAAAGCUCAGGCGGAGGAGGCGAGGCGCCAGGCCAGGCGGCAGAUGGAGGCUGCGGAGCGGGAGUUUGCGGAGGCGAAGAGAAUCCGGCGGCUGGCUCAGGCGGAGUUGGAGAGGGCUCAGGCGAUGAGGAAUGAGGCGACCGAGAGGAUUAACGGCGUCAUGGUACAGAUCACGUGCCAGUCGUGCCGCCAAAAGUUUCGCCCUUCAUCUUCGGCUUGUGAGAAUUUGAGUUACGUGUUCAAGGACUUGGAAGCCAAGAAAUUAAGGUGA